CGCUUUAUUCGUACAACAACAGACCGCCAAACCAAUCCCCCACCCAACCGCCGCCGCUCCUGAACCGCGUCGCCGCCGUAUAUCUCCGGCCUCGCCGUCUCCAGGAGCAGAUUUUGCGAGAUCCAGUGUCGGCGGAACCUCAGCAAUUCCGAUACCUCCCCUUCUCCACUCCCGUAAGUUGGAAUCCGCCCAAUUCCCAGUUGGCUCACCUCAAACUCUCUCUCUCUCUCUCUCCCUCCCUCUCCCCAUUUCUUCCUCCCCCGGCCAUUCUACUGAUCACACUUCACGUACUUCUCCUUCUUCGUCUGCUCAGUUUCGGCGAUCCUCCCCUGACGAGUUAGCGGGGGAAUUAUUGAGGUGGUCGUGGGGCUUUGUUUGGGUUUCCCGGAGUAGGAUUUAGUUAGCAUUUCGAUUGAACAACUGGUAGAGCCGGGGAACUUGGCGUGCUGUGGAUAAUUAGGGGUUUGAUGAAGGUUUAACGGUGGUUUUUUGCUAGCUAAGUUUGUGUGCGUGGUGGUUAUCAGUUGAAUCUUUCCUUUUUCGGGAUGGGAAGGCGAUCAGAGCUGAUCCGAUCUGAUUUCUAAGAGGUAGUUCGGGCUGAUGAUGAUAGGCUGACAAUGGUGAGGCUUCUGGGACUUAGUCUCGGAGAAUCGGCUGAGCCGCCAAGGGAGAUCACGUCGCGGAGCAACUUGACGAGCGAGUCCAGUGAGAACGGGUGGCUGAUCAGGUUCUUUGACUCUGCGUUUUUCUGCGAGUGGAUUGCUGUGAGCUACCUGUACAAACAUGAGCACUCGGGGGUUCGCGAUUACUUGUGUAACCGAAUGUACACGCUGCCGUUGUCCGGCAUAGAGAGCUACCUGUUCCAGAUUUGUUAUAUGAUGAUACACAAGCCAAGCCCAUCGCUGGAUAAGUUUGUGAUUGAUAUAUGCUCCAAGUCGCUGAUGAUUGCUCUUAAGGUGCACUGGUUUUUGCUGGCUGAGCUCGAGGAUUCGGAUGAUAAUGAUGGGAUUAGUCGGAUUCAAGAGAAGUGUCAGAUCGCUGCUACUUUGAUGGGAGAAUGGCCUCCCUUGCUGAAGCAGCGCAAUGAGAAUUCAAGCUCUGGUAGUAAAAACCAGAUGCUAAAUAAGCUUUUAUCAUCGAAGCAGAAGUUCUUAUCUUUGACUUCCUCACCACCUGCUCAAAGAUCCGUGUCUUUUUCACCUUCAUCAGGUAAUCAUUUGCCAGAUGAUGGUGGCCAAGGCUCACCCGAUAAUAAACUUUUCAAGAAAUUCAUCCCUGGUCCAAAGGUCAGGGAUGCUCUACUGUUUAGAAAAUCUAUGGAUAAAGAUGAUGAAGAUAGUGAGAAGGAUGGGUUUCUUAAGAGGCUUUUGAGGGACAGCAGUAAAAGAGAGGAGGAAGAGUUGACAUCAAGCUCUGAUGGGUUUUUCAAGAGGCUCUUGAAAGAUUCAAAUCGAUCUGAAGAUGAUGAGGUGACGUCUAGCUCAGAUGGUUUUUUCAAGAGGCUUUUGAGGGAUUCAAGCAAAGGUGAAGAGGAGGAGUUGACUUCACCAUCAGAUGGGUUCUUCAAGAAGCUUCUGAAGGAUCAUAACAGAGGCGAAGAGGAGGAGUUGACAGCAAGUUCGGAGGGUUUCUUUAAGAAAUUGUUUCGUGAUAGUAAGGGUGAAGUAGACGACCGGUUACUAUCUAAAUCAAUGGAAGACGAUGACAAAGAUGGUUUUUUUAGGAAGUUGUUUAAGGAGAAAUUCGAUGACAAGAAGGACGGGAAUGAAAGGAAUGAGGACGAGAGGAUGAAUGCUAUUGAGAAAUUUGGUAAAUCAGCGGAGGAUGAUGAAAAAGAUGGAUUCUUCCGUAAAUUGUUCAAGGACAAGUCCGAUGACAAGAAACAUGGUCCUGAUAAGGGCAAUGAAGGGAAUCAUGUCAAUGGCGAGGAAGAAGAACCUUCAGAUAUUUCUUUGUUCCGGAAGUUAUUUCGAGUGCACCCUGAAGAUUCCAAAAGUGAAUCGGCUAAUGAAAGUAGUAGCAAUGGACAUGUGAGCUUGUCUGAAAGCAGCCCAGGGACUGAGAAAUUUUUCCGCAAACUGUUCAGAGACCGGGACCGUUCAGUUGAAGAUUCUGAAUUGUUGAGUGGAAAGAAAAACAAAGAGAAGUUCCCCGGUUCACCUAAGCAACAGAAUGAAAAGUCAAAUGCAAAACCCCCACUUCCAAAUCACACGGCAUCACAAUUGCGGAAAGGAGCAUAUCAUGAAUCAUUGGACUUUGUACUGUCAUUAUGCGACACUUCCUAUGGCCUAGUGGAUGUAUUCCCUGUUGAAGAUCGCAAAAGUGCCCUUCGAGAGUCACUUGCGGAGAUCAAUUUGCAUUUAGUUGAGGCUCAACAAGCUGGAGGGGUUUGCUUUCCUUUGGGAAAGGGCAUGUACCGUGUGGUUCAUAUACCUGAAGAUGAGGCUAUUCUACUGAACUCCAGAGAAAAGGCACCUUACAUGAUCUGCGUGGAAGUUUUGAAAAGUGAAACGCCGAGCAAUUCUAAAGAUGCCUCUGGAGCCCAAAAGCUUUCUAGAGGAGGAAUUCCUCUAGCUAAUGGAGAUGCAUUGUUGCCAAAGCCACCACCAUGGGCAUAUCCUUUGUGGACUGCUCAGGAAGCAUACCGGAAUAGUAGUGAUAGAAUGUCAAGAUCAACGGCUGAAGCCAUUGACCAGGCAAUGUCCCAUUCUUCAGAGGCAAAGUUGAAGGUUGUCACCGUGAGUCUUUCUGUGGAGAGGCGGACGGUUGAUUCAAGAUUGAAAGGUGAAGCACCUAAUUCACACUCCGGCAUCCACCGCAGUAGUUCACGCAAAAAGGCUGCAGAUGGCUGUGAUUUCGAUUGGAUAAGGGUAGUUUUGACAACAGAUUCUAGAGCCAGAAUGGAUGAUAUUGGGGAUGAAGGGCCACGUAGAAGGGAGCAUCGUCGUGUUCCAAGUACUAUUGCGAUAGAAGAAGUGAAGGCUGCAGCAGCCAAGGGUGAAGCACCUCUUGGACUUCCUCUUAAAGGAGCUGGCCAAGAAUCAUCAGAUGCACAACCUAGGGCAAAUGGUGGCACUCCUAGAGCCACUGAUCCCUUAUCUGGUGAACUUUGGGAUGUAAAGAAAGAGAGAAUACGCAAAGCUUCAGUGCAUGGGAAGUUACCCGGUUGGGACUUGCGCUCUAUGAUUGUGAAGAGUGGGGAUGACUGCAGGCAGGAGCAUCUUGCUGUGCAACUUAUUUCUCAUUUCUACGAUAUAUUUCAAGAAGCUGGGCUUCCUCUCUGGCUGCGUCCUUAUGAAGUUUUGGUGACAUCUUCUUACACUGCUCUUAUCGAAACAGUUCCAGAUACGGCUUCAAUUCAUUCCAUCAAGAGUAGAUAUCCUGAUGUAACAAGUUUGCGUGACUUCUUUGAUGCCAAAUAUAAAGAGAACUCCUCAAGUUUCAAGCUGGCACAGAGGAACUUCGUUGAGAGCAUGGCUGGUUAUUCUCUGGUGUGCUAUCUUCUCCAGGUGAAAGAUAGACACAAUGGAAACCUUUUAUUGGAUGAAGAAGGUCAUAUUAUUCAUAUAGACUUUGGGUUUAUGCUCUCCAAUUCGCCUGGUGGAGUGAAUUUUGAGAGUGCACCCUUCAAGUUAACCCGGGAACUUCUUGAGGUCAUGGACUCUGAUGCAGAGGGAGUUCCAAGCGAAUUCUUUGACUAUUUCAAGGUUUUAUGCAUUCAAGGAUUCUUAACUUGUCGUAAGCAUGCAGAGCGGAUAAUUCUUCUUGUUGAGAUGUUGCAGGAUUCGGGAUUUCCUUGCUUCAAGGGGGGUCCAAGGACUAUUCAAAACUUAAGGAAACGGUUUCAUCUAAGUUUGACUGAAGAGCAAUGCGUCUCCUUGGUACUUUCUCUUAUCAGCAGUAGUUUAGAUGCGUGGCGGACUAGGCAGUACGAUUAUUAUCAGAGGGUAUUGAAUGGUAUAUUGUGAGAGGUCCAGAAUCACAGGAAACAUGCAUCCUUACUUGCACGAUACCAUACGAGCUUAGCACGAGACAUCAGAAGGAGGUUUUACGACUAGGUUUCUUUCUGUUGUGAGGGAUCUUGUAACAGUAGAUUUGGGCGCUUGGCUGCACAUGGCAUUAGGUGUAAGGGUUUUUAGUUACGCAGAGGUUUCCUUCCCAUUUUUAUCCCCGUUCCUCUCAUAUCGGGGGAUGCAAGCUGAUUCUGGGAAGGCGAGAAAGAGGUAUACCAAUACUGUAUAGAGCAGUGUGUCCUUUGGAGAUGGCAGGCGAGAUACAAACGGUUUUGCUAAACCAAGAUUGGAGAAUAUUCGUGCUCUCGAUAGAGGUUGUUGAUGUCUACAUUAACUUCGAGAUUCGAAAAAGAUUACACUGCAUUGGCAUCAUUCUCAGUGACCAAGACAGACCCAUAUUGUUGGGUGAAGUGAGGUUUUGAGUUUGUGAUUUUUGUUUGUGUGAUUGUAAAUGAGAAGGGAGCCUAUGAUUUUUAUUCUUUUUCGUGUUAGAAGACAAAUGUAACCAUCCAUCAGCUUGAUGAUGUCUAUUUGGCGAAAAUGGUUUGGAAUUGGAGGGAGAGGGGCUUGGGGGUUGGUUUUUGUAUAAUGAUUAGUUGGUUCUUUGUGGUGGUGAAGUGUUU